UCGCCACGACAUGGCGAUAUCAUCGCUCUGCUAGACCGAUAGUGCAUUGGAACUGAUGUAGCAAGGUGUUCAUAACCAGCAGGUCACACUGACUAUGUGAAUCGUUUGUUUGAAGCUCCUCGAAACAACUGUCACAGAGGCACUUGAUCUGGCUUUAUUCGAGACACUUUAGAAGGUCAUUGUGUUGCUCACUCUUUUCUGAUCGUUCCAGUCGCUGCUCUAGAUUUGAAAAUCAAAAUGGUUGCGGGCUGUGGGCCAAAGAUUGCCAAACUUUUCCUGUUCAUCUUCAACUUCUGUCUUUGGCUAUGCGGUGUCGUCUUGAUUGGUGGGGGAAGUUAUGUUGCUGCUAAGCACAAUGACUACGAAGAUCUCUUUGCAGACAACGCCAUUCUGACAGUAUCGUGGAUCGCUAUCGGUAUCGGUUUGUUCAUUUUUGUGGUCGGAUUCUCAGGAUGUUGUGGCGCCAUGAAAGAGAGCUCUUGCCUUCUUAAACUGUACUUUUUCUUUGUUCUGCUGAUAGUAUUGGCUGAAGGGUCUUUGGGGAUCGUUACAUUUGUGUUUAGCGGUGAUAUCGAGGAUAGUAUGACGAAGGGCAUGCAAGAGUCUAUCAAUGAGAAUUAUGGUUUGAAAGAAGGCACAACCGAAGUGAUCGAUGAUGUUCAGAAAACGUUUCAUUGUUGCGGUGCUACUGGAUACGGGGAUUACAAGACUUCUAAGCACCUGCAAGAAGGGUUGGCUGUACCAGGAUCGUGCUGUAAAGAGCCAGGGUGCGAUACCAGUGGACCUAAAGGAAACCCUUAUAAUCAACGUGCUAUCUGGACAGAAGGUUGUGUGCAUGCCACGAAAGACACCAUCAAGAAUCAUUACCUUGCUAUAGGAGGAGCAGCGUUCGGUCUUCUUAUUUUUGAGAUUAUAACGAUGGUAUUUGCUUGCUGUGUCAUAAAAGGAAUCGACAACGGUUAUGAAAAAUACGCAUAAAAGAUUUUUUUUUCAUUUUGGAAGUUGGUGAUACAGUCCCACUCAUUCAUCUUGGUCAACAAAACCGACGCCUCAAGAUAGAACUGUACAAAUAUCAUGAAUAUAAACGGAACUCCAACCAAGCUUGGAUGGGACAUGUCAGACAAAGUUUAUGUUAAACCCAUCUCCUUACAUAUUUCAUACAAGUAUUACUGGACCAUUUCAAUAAUACGUUCCCCUUCGUAUGUUGUUCAAGCGGGCCCUGCGUUUUACUUUUUCAUUGCCCCUCGUAGUAAUAUAUUUCUAAUAUACACCCCAUUUUUUCGAUUGAAGCUGGUCAUGACCGGUCAAUUGUGCUACUUGAUAUUAUAAAUAUGACAUCAUUUUGAAGAAAAAAAAAUUCUUUGGUUCACAAGCAGUGUCGGAAUUUAUACAAUAUCGUUAAUCGUUCAAACAACCCGAAUGUGUACCAAAUAUACGAUAUAUCUAUUAUAAUAAUCACACAACCAAGGAGAAAUGUUAGACAAAAUAUUUAAAAAAAUAAUAAUAAACCUGCAUGGAAAACAAAAUAAUCAUCUUAUAGUCUUGGAGAAAUUGCCGAUGUACAUCAUUUAUUGCUUUUGCAAAUGUCUCAUAAAAAUUAUGACCACUCAUCCAAAUAUCUUAAUGUUAUAAACUAUACAUUGCGGAUUUUAUACGAAUGGAUAAAUUAAUGUUUUCACUAGUGUUGAUCUAAUGAUUGCUGUUGCAUUGUAUAGAAUUCGGGAAUUAAAAUCAACUUUGAAAUGAAGUUUAAAAGGUUAAAAGUUGACAGAUAAUAGAGACACUCGUCAUUUCUUAUAAGGAACUUUAUUUUCAUACCUAUACUUGUUUUGUAUUUUGUUUUAUAUUACUUUAUUUGAAGAACAAGAGAAAAUCAGGAAUGGCUUUGAAAUAAUUAUAACCUGCUCCACUAUUUUACCUUUAUGUAAGUUUAACCUUUCCUCUGUAAUUCUACAUCGUGAAUAUGUUGAUUUUGAGAUCAACAGUAAAACUUCAGCGCUAAUAUUUAAAUCGAUCAGAAUCUUAGAAAACAUGUUAAAUGUAAGUGAGCAUGAAUUAUCCUUGACCUAAACCAGCUUCGAAGUAAAUAUUUUUUGUUCUUUCACUUCUUCUAUUUGAUUGGCUCUCUUAUGGAUUUAAAAUGUUCAACGUAUUGAAAUAAUUCAAUUGUCUUGAAAAGGAAACAAUAUCAUUAUUUUUUUAUUUUUUUAAUUCCUUGUUUCUAAUUUAGAGAUAGUGAAACUUGAGUUUGUUCACAAAUAUACGAGUUAACACAUUGCA